GAAGAAACACGACAACGUGGAGCAUCCCAAAAUUCGUCAUGAAAUCGCCCAUGACUUGCAGCCACACUUUUGACAUGAGCGUCUCGUCCUUCUCGCCCUCACGAGAUGCACCCUAAGCACCGCACCUGGAGAAUCCGCGGCCUACCACGCGACGUCGACCGAGACAGGCUAGCUCGAGCCCUUCGACAUCACUCAGAUCUACAAUGGCUGGGCGGCGAUGAAGUAGAGCAUAUCGACAAAGGUGACAACCUUGUCAUCAUUCAUACACUCGCACCCGAUCUCCGAGCCAGUUACCAGGUCGCCACCGUCCGUUUCAACGACCUCCCCUCACAACUACAAGCACUUGGGGCCAGGGAUGAGUUGGAGAUCAAAAUUAGGAUAGAUCCAAAGGGCUCGGGAGUGGCAGAGAGGUGUGGUACAGCGUCUCAGGUUUUGAUUGAUGAGCAUUUCGAUGGCGUCACAACACUCCAUGCUCCUACUACAGACAAGGAGCAUCAAAUCGAUAUCCUCGCGGUCUCCGGCCUGGGCAGCCAUCCCUUUGGAUCAUUUGUGCACAAGAAGCAUAGGAAUAUGUGGUUGGCCGACAACCUACCAGAAGACUUACCCGCUGCCAGAGUGAUGAUCUUUGGUUACGAGAGCGGGCUGCAGCAUAGUACAAGUCAUGUCCAACUUGAUGAUCUAGCUCGCCUGCUCCGGAUGGCGAUCGGACAAAUAUCUCCAAGUUACGACAGAAAACCCUUACUCCUGAUUGGCCACAGCCUCGGCGGCUUGCUGGUAAAACAGGCAUUGAUUCAAAUUGCCGAGUCGGGCUCCAAAGAUGGCGGACGCCUUGACAUGAUCCAGGGAAUCCUCCUCUUCGGGGCCCCUAAUGAUGGAUUGGAUAUCGAAUCACUGGUUCCUAUGGUGAACGACCAGCCAAAUCGGUUCCUUCUCGAAUCACUCAGUUCGAAGAGCUCUCAAGUGCUUAGGCGACAGAAGCAGGAGUUCUCGAAGGUCCUAGAGUUGACAAAGAUCCAUGUGUAUUGCUUAUACGAGACUGAGCUGUCACCUACGGCCGCUGAGGAUCCAGCAACAGGACGAUGGAGGAUGGCCGGUCCGCCUCGGCUGCUCGUCAGCCAUUCUUCGGCAACCAGCUGUCUGCCUGAUGAUGCUUCUUCAGACCACGCCGUACCUCUUCGUCGGAAUCACUCAGAUCUGGUCAAAUUUGCGUCCCAAGAUGCUGAGUACGACAGAGUUGCUUAUGUCCUCAAGCACAUUCAAAGCGUUUCUUUUAGCGAUGGGAUUCAUGAGCGGGGCUUUCAAUCUCGUCAAAUCAUACGAGAAUCACAACCGCAAAACUUGGUCGCGGGUCAGAAAAGAAAAUUGACUGGAGAAACGCAAGUCUACGAUCCAGGAACAGGACCCGCUGACGAGGCCCUCUGCCCUGUGGUUGGGAAGCGGGCUCGGCUGGACAACCAUCUACCGGAACACGUCCAAUCACAAGCUGGCGAUGACCCUUCUUCGCGCGAUCCAGUGUUAGAGAACGAGAUGAAAAGCGUGAAAGAGGAGCUCAUACGUCAACUCUACUUCUCCAAGAUUGACGAGCGCCUCACACACUUGGCCCCUGCCCAAGCAAAUACCUGUCGUUGGUUCCUGACCGAGUCAAAGUACCAAUCUUGGAAAGAUGUGGCACGGAUGUCAGAGCACGGUGGCUUCCUUUGGGUUAAAGGAAAUCCAGGAACUGGGAAGUCGACCCUGAUGAAACUCCUCUUCGAACAGACCAAAAUCGACUCACAGGGCGAUUCGUCGCGAAUUACGUUAUCGUUCUUCUUUCUGGCUCGAGGUGCGGUCGAGGAGAAGACCACGACGGGUCUCUAUCGAUCACUUCUCCACCAGCUCUUUGAGAUCGCCCCGGACCUCAAAGCUGGUCUGGAGUGGAUGACACUUGAUGGUGCCAGGACGAUUCAACGGAGCGGGUGGUCUGAGGAAGCGCUGAAACAAACGUUGAAGCAUGCCGUGCCUAAGCUUGGGAGCCGUUCUUUGACGAUUUUCGUCGAUGCACUCGACGAGUGCGACGCAAACAAGGCCGGUGACAUGGUCUCAUUUUUCGAAGAGCUGUGCGACUGCGCGGAAGAAGCGAGGGUCCAAUUGCAGAUCUGCUUUUCAAGUCGAUAUUACCCAACCGUCGUCAUCAACAAAGGCCUCGAAGUCUGUUUGGAGGACGAGUACGGACAUACCGAAGAUAUCCGCAAAUUCGUCAAGUCGAGACUGAGAAUAAAAUCGAAGUCUAAGAAUACCGAGGCACUCCGCACCGAAAUCCAGGAAAAGUCUAGGGGGAUUUUUCUCUGGGUUGUUUUGGUUCUUGACAUCCUCAACAAUGAAAAGUCCAUGUCGAUCCAUAAGCUACGCGAUCAUCUGCACGGAAUUCCGCCGGGACUGGACGACUUAUUCCGCAUGAUACUGACUCGAGACGGGGAGGACCUCGAUCAGCUGCAGCUUUGUCUCAACUGGAUUCUCUUCGCACGCAGUGCUCUUAAACCGCAAGAGCUCUACUUUGCCGUCCAGAUUGGGUUUGACCCAGAAUGCUCGGGCUUUUGGGACGAGACUGAUUUUGACCUGGAAGACAUGAAGACUUAUGUGAGAAGUUGCUCUAAAGGCCUGGCUGAAGUGACGCGGAAUAAGGCCUCCGAAGUCCAGUUCAUCCACGAGUCCGUGAGAGACUUUUUGCUUGGUAAAUACCGGACCCAGUGGUCAGGGGCUUUGGAGAAUCUUGAAGGCCACGGGCACCGUCUUUUGAGGGACUGCUGUCUUGCUCAGCUGAAUGCUUCGAUCGACCAACAGCUCGAUAUACCAAAUCCUCUACCAACAGCUUCACAGACAGAGAGGCUGCGCAAGACUAUUGCCUCGAAGAUCCCGUUUCUGAAAUACUCUGUUGACAACGUUCUCCAUCACUCCAACCUUGCUGAACGGAAUGGAAUCGGGCAGGGACAAUUUAUCUCCGAUUUUCCCCUGAAACGGUGGAUUUAUCUGAACAACAUUCUCGAACAGUAUGAAGUCCGGCGAUUUACCGAUUCCGUCAGUCUGCUCUAUGUAUUCGGGGAAAAAGACCUUGGCGACCUCAUACGCAGCCAUACCCGGAGGACGCUCUGCUUCCAGAUUGAAGCUGAGCGUUGCGGUGCACCGAUCCUUGCCGCGUUGGCUGCCCAUAGCCAUGAAGCGGUCCGAGAGUUUCUGAGAGCCCAGGCCGAGAACGAGCCACCGGAUUCUCCGCUUCAAAAGCUCUGUGAACAGUACGAAGAACAUCGCAACCUUGAUACCACUAGAUUCCGCCGGAGCUACACUUUAAAACGACGCACAGCUGAGCAAGUCUUGCACGAUCUUAUCGAAAACGAUGAGGAGUCUGUAGCACUUGCUUUUGUCCUCAGCCCCCACAGGCACGAUAAGGCUUUGAAUUGGAGCGAUGCUGUAGAUUCGAAGUUGUUAUCGCUUGCUAUCGAUCGGGGCCAUGAGACCAUCUUCAGAGCUCUGUUUGAGAGGCGUAACUAUGUUGCCCAGAAGAGCGGCCUGUUAGAUCGUCUGUUGCCAAAUGCAAUCGAAGGAGGGCACAAGGGUAUUGUUAAACUAUUGCUCGAUCAAUGUGCUGAGGUCGAUUUGAAGAAUCUUUCAGGCGAGACACUGCUUUGGGUUGCUAUUCGAAAUGGACAUGCGGCUAUCGUCCAAAUGCUACUCGAAAAUGGUGCUGAUAUCAAUUUGAAGAAUCUUUUAGGGGAGACACCGAUUAGGGUUGCUAUUCGAAAUGGACAUGCGGCUAUCGUCAGAUUGCUACUCGAAAAUGGUGCUACUAUCGAUUCGAGGUCUGGCAUCUAUAGUCCUCUGUUGGAGGAUGCUAUACUUCGGGAACAUGUGGCUGUUCUCGAGCAACUAGUUGAAAAAGGCCUUGACGUUGACUCAACAUCAGGUCCAGACGGCAUGACACUCCUCACAUUCGCGGCCGCCGAAGGCAAAGCUGCUGUAGUCGAGUUCCUGGUCAAGGAAGGACGUGCAAAAAUUGAUUUGGAAGAUCACAACGGACAGACGCCACUAAUGUUGGCGGCAAUGUGGGGGGGUGCGAGGUCAGAAAUAAUUGAGUUGCUGCUUGGGGCAGGUGCCGAAAUCGACAAGCGAGACAACGAUGGUCGUUCCGCACUAUCCUGGGCCACGGCAAACUACGAGCAUGGCGUCAGAGUUGUAGAAAUACUGGUCAAUAGAAAUGCCGACGUCGAGUCGAGAGACACAGGGGGAAGAACACCUCUGUCAUGGGCUGCUAUACACGGUACAAGCAGAUUGGCGGAAUCAUUGCUUGAGAAAGGUGCCUACGUUGAUUCGAAGGAUAAUGACGGUCGGACGCCGUUGUCAUGGGCUGCUCAAUGCUCAUGGCGUAGGGCAGAGGUGGUGAGGAUGUUGCUUGAGAAAGGUGCCUACGUUGAUUCGAAGGAUAAUGACGGUCGGACGCCGUUGUCAUGGGCUGCUGAAAACUCAUGUGAGGGGCUAGAGGUGAUGAGGGUGUUACUAGAGAAAGGUGCCAAUCCCAAGUUAAAGGACAAGGCUGGGCGGACACCGCUAUCGUGGGCGUUGACGGAUAGGGAUACUACCCAUGGGGCACGUGCCGUUGCGCUGCUCCGGGAGGCGGGUGGCGAUCUCGAAUCAGAGGGAAGUGAAGAGGGUAAACUUCAGAUGCUGCAGCCAACAUCUGAUAUCGCCUAGACAAUUACUGUUGUAUACGUGCCUCUGACAGGCUGGUGGACUGAAACGCUUGCGGGACACAAUGUUAUUAAUUGGCUCUG